AAAAGCUGUAGCAUAACGCAAAUUGAAGAGCAAGAGCAACCACAAUAUGGGAAAGACAAAAACUGGGGAAGGUUAAGGUUGUGGUUUGAUCUAUGGCUACAGGCGCUACUAGAAUGGUAUUGGUGGUGAAGGAGAUGUUGCAACUCUCUUCUUCCACACUUCCCUUUACAUCACUUCGUCUUCGCGGGGUUUAUCCUCCUUCGCACUUCUCACUAUCACAUCAAUUAGGACGCUCGUUGAACCCUGCAAUUCGAUGCGCUUCCUCAGACUCCCAUGGCGCCAACAGAGUUUCGGCUCGGCUGUCGCAGGUCAAUCAACUUCUUCAACAAGCCGAACACCGUGCUCUCUCCGCCGACCAAACCCCUCCUCCUAAAAUCACCAUAGAUCAUGUUACAGUGAGCUUUGCUAGAAGUGGAGGACCCGGUGGUCAGAAUGUCAAUAAAGUGAACACCAAGGUGGACAUGCGCUUCAACGUUAAAAAUGCACAUUGGUUGAGUGACAGGGUUAGGGACAAGAUUUUGCAAACGGAGAAGAACCGUAUUAACAAGGAUGGGGAGCUCGUGAUUUCUUCAACCAAAACUAGAACGCAGAAGGGUAACAUUGAGGAUGCUUUGGCAAAGCUUCAGGAAAUCAUUGAUGCAGCAUCAUAUGUCCCGCCACCUCCCUCAGAAGAGCAAAAAAAGAAAAUUGCCAAGAUGGCUGCUAUAGGUGAACAGAAACGCCUUAAAAGCAAGAAGGUGCUUUCAGAUAAGAAAGCAUUUAGGAGGAGUAAAAAUAGCUGGGACUAGCAUGACAAGAAUCUUGAGACUGUUAUAUCAAAUUAGUUGCUGAAUCACAAUCCUAUUACACUAUCAUACUGGAUACACACAUUAGAUUAAUGGUUGAAAUAUAACCAUGAAUUCGCGGAACAAUUGGAAAGACUUUACAAAUGGUUUGUAGCUGCUUACUGGUAGUUAGCCAACAUUGUGAUGUAGCUAGGAUUUGGACGGUUACUAUUUUGAAAUAGAAAUACCAUAUAUUGGUUGAA